CUAUCAUUUACCUGGCCCUUCGCGGUCUCCCCAUCAGGAAUCUAAAUCGCCCACCACGAUUCGCUACUCGUAACCACCAGCAACACCAUCACCACCCCUCCUUCUCGUCUUCUCUUCUUCCAACAUACAUGUCCGCCUUUGGGCUAUGGAGAAUCUCGACAAGCUCACUGCUGCCGGCUUGCCUGUCUACGACCUCAACGCCGAAAACAUAGAUCGCAAGGAUUGGUCCCAGACACCUCUAGGUCCUCGCUCAGAAUGGCCCGCCUCUCUACAGUGCCUCGUCAGUUCUUUCCUCCUCCCCAUCCCCCAUUGCGCCGCGAUAUUCUGGGGCGACGGGCUCUCGAUCAUACACAAUCUAGCCUGGGGCAAGGCUACGGGCGAUCUAGAUGGUCAAGGUCGGCGCGCCGAUGACAGCUACCCCAAUGAGGUCCUCACUGCCCUUCACUCUGCCGUUCGAGGCCGUACGGUCAAAGUAGCUAGUAGAGCGUUUUUCGACAAGAAUGUCGAGCAUGCUCCAGAUUCGACCGUCCUUCUCAGCACACUGCUAGACGAAACUGGAAAGAGGCAGGGUGUGCUCGCACAGCUCACGCACAACUCUAUUGUCGAACGUUACAUGCCCCUCUCUCACCUGGACGACAUCACAGCUCGCCAGACCAAGGCUCACGGCGCGCAACAGAAAGAUAUAACGACAGGCCAGGAACAGGUCGACGCGAAGCAGACACAGCUAUUCCAACAGUUCGCCGAAUUGCUACCGAAUGGAUUGGCCAUACUCGACAGCGACGCCGAGGCCGUCUUCGUGAAUGACAAUUUCUUCAAACUCACUACAAACAGGUCAUCCAAUGAGUUCCGUGCCUGGCCCGAGAGUAUUGACAGCAUGGAUUAUGAGCGUGUCAUGUCUGAAUAUCGCACGGCCUUCUCAUCACGAAACGAGCUGCGGAUAGAAUUUCGUUGUGCUGGCUCGAAUGACGAAGAAUCGAGAGAAUGGAGAUUGUUUCUCUUACGACCACUCAGCGAACAUGCCGAAGCGGGCUUCAUCUGCGCCAUCGUUGACAUCACCGAGAUCAAACAUGCACAAAUAGCUCAAGAGAAGGCGGCCACCGAAGCUCAAGAACGGAAAGAACAACAGGAGCGUUUCAUCGACAUGGUAUCCCAUGAAAUUCGAAACCCGCUCUCUGCAGUCCUCCAUCUGGCAGAGGAAAUCAAAGAGGUGGCGAAAGAAAUGCAGGGAGCCCGUGAAGAGGACGUUGAAGGCAAGAUAGCCGACAUUCGGGAUGCAGCCGACACCAUUCUACUGUGUGUUUCCCACCAGAACACUUUGGUGGACGACAUUCUUUCAUUCUCGAAGCUCGACUCGAUGAUGCUGUCGUUAGUUCCUCGAGAAGUUCGCCCGAAAUGGGAGUUCUCCAAGGCGCUCAAGGUAUUCAAUGCCGAGUUCAAAGCCAAAAAAAUCAACUUCCACUACGCUAUGGAUGUUUCAUAUGACAAGCUAGAUGUAGAUGUUGUGGUUGCUGACCUCAACCGGAUGAAACAAGUGUUGGUCAAUCUGAUAACGAACGCCAUCAAAUUUACUUCCAAGAAGGAUGGAGACAGGAACAUCACCGUCUCGAUGGGGGCCUCCGUCGAACGACCUAGAUCGUAUCCCCCGAAUGUGAUCUUUUUCAGCUUGGACGAUAGCGCCUUCCACAUUGACACCACGAUGACAUCCGAAUGGGGUUCAGGACCAGAGAUCUAUCUCAUGGUCGCAGUUAGUGACACCGGAAUUGGCAUCAGUGAUGAUGGACAAGUGAAGCUUUUCGAGCGAUUUAGACAAGCAACGCCGAAGACGCAAGAGAAUUAUGGUGGAUCUGGCCUAGGGCUUUUUAUUUCACGGAAAUUGUGCCAACUCCAUGGAGGUGACAUCGGCGUGAGCUCCAUAGAUGGCGUUGGCUCGACAUUCGGCUUCUUUUUCAAAGCUCGCCGCAUCACAUAUGAAGGCGGAAGACCUUCGUUUCCCAGCCGGUCGACCUCGGAAAACUCUGUGACCAAGAGAGCAACCACGCCGAGGCCUUCGUACAGCCGCUCUACCUCACUUCGGGAUAUCAAAGAGAAGCCCAACAGUGAGCACCGACCGAAGAUCGAAACCCUGUUUAGCCAUGAAGGCGUGGACCCUAGCAGAUCUGAUAAUGCGUCUUUAGAAAACCCACCUACCGAAAAUAACAACUCCUUGCAUCCCUCUGCGUCUCGUGACGAGCACCAUUGGCAGAGGGACAUUGCAAUGCGAGCCAGGGAAAAACGCGCUUCAUUCACAUCUGCCACUGGAAGCGAUAUAAUCGGCCUCGAGUCUCAGGGUGAGACAUGUCGGCAGGAAGAGGCUGUAGAAGAGACCGCGCAGUCGCAGAAGCAAGAAAAUGGGCGACCACUACCGACAAUACUGCUCGUCGAAGACAACCUCAUCAAUCAAAAAGUCCUGCGGCGCCAGUUGCAAUCCCGUGGAUUCGACGUGCUCGUCGCGAACAACGGCCAGGAAGCCAUCAAUGUGGUCGCCGAACGCGGCGAACUAUCAAAACACGACCCCGACCACCCCGACUACUUCGACUGCAUACUCAUGGACCAGGAGAUGCCGAUCAAGGACGGCAAUUCCGCGACCGUCGAGAUCAGAGAGCUCCAAGAGCAGGGCAAGGCCGGUCGCAGUCCCAUACUCGGCGUAUCAGCCAACGCGCGCGAAGCGCAGAGAGUCGCAAUGAAGGACGCCGGCAUGGACGGGAUAAUAAGCAAGCCGUUCAAGGUGGACGACCUCGUCACAAGCAUCGAGAAGCUCAUGGAGAAGCGAUGAAACGUAAU